AUGUACAUAGUGCACUUAUCCAUACAAACAUAUAUGACGAAAUGUACAUCUAUGCUUUCAACAAAUUAAAUGUUCAAUAUCUAAACUGAAAUUAUGUAAAAGUAAACAAUAACAAAUUUUAGACUGUAGUUUUAGACGUAAAUAAUGGAGAAAUUAGAGAGAUUUGCAUAUCCAUUAAGAAGAUUAACAUUUCCUCAUUUGUACCUAAAUAAAUGA